AUGGAUGACAAACUUGGGGCCACGGCCAGGGGCAUGGGUGAGAGACCAGCCCCAGGAUUUUGUCACAGUCGGUUACGCCUCCUGUCGGUGUGUGACACGUGGGACGAAUGUAGCCGGCAGAGGGCGCGUUUAGGAUGUGGGGAGCGGAAGGCGGCGCCGGAUCGGUCUCUGGACGCGGCGGCGCGGCCCGGCGGCUGGCGCGGCGCGGCGCGGCGCGGGGGCCGUGAUUGGGCGCCGGGGGCCGAUAACAAGCCGCCUCCCGGUGUUCGCUGCUGCCUGCCAGUGUUCGCCCCGCCUGGUGCUCCCCACCGCCGCCGCCCAGUCGCCGCCGAGGCCGCCUACCGGUGUUCGCCGCCACAUGGUGCUUCCCACCGCCGCCGCCCAGUCGCCACCAUAGUCGCCUCCCGGUGUUCGCCGCCGCCUCGCAGUGUUAGCCCCGCCUGGUGCACGCCACCGCCGCCGCCCAGUCGCCGCCGUAGCCGCGUCCCGGUGUUCGCCGCCGCCUGGUGCUUCCCACCGCUGCCGCCUAGUCGCCGUCGUAGCCGCCUCCCGGUGUUCGCUGCUGCCUCCCAGUGUUCGCCGCUGCCUGGUGCUCGCCACCACCGCCGCCCAGUCGCCACCAUAGUCGCCUCCCGGUGUUCGCCGCCGCCUCCCAGUGUUAGCCCCGCCUGGUGCACGCCACCGCCGCCGCCCAGUCGCCGCCGUAGCCGCCUCCCGGUGUUCGCUGCUGCCUCCCAGUGUUCGCCGCCGCCUAGUGCUUCCCACCGCCGCCGCCUAGUCGCCGCCGUAGCCGCCUCCCGGUGUUCGCCGCCGCCUCCCAAUGUUCGCCGCCGCCUGGUGCUUCCCACCGCCGCUGCCUAG